AUGAAGCCUCCUUAUAAAAUAGCUAACUUAGAAUUAGCAGAGUUGGGUCGGAAUGAAAUCAUGCUAGCAGAGAAGGAAAUGCCAGGUCUAAUGGCUUGCCGACGCAAAUACGCCCAUGCUAAAAUUCUUAAAGGCGCUAGAAUUGCUGGUAGUCUUCAUAUGACUGUACAAACUGCUGUUCUCAUAGAAACUCUCAUUGAAUUAGGAGCUGAAGUCCAGUGGUCUAGUAGCAACAUAUAUAGCACACAAGAUGAAGCAGCAGCUGCCCUAGUUGCUAGGGGCAUUCCUAUUUACGCCUGGAAAGGUGAAACUGAAGAGGAAUACACAUGGUGUAUUGAGCAAACACUGAUUUUCCCUGAUGGUAAACCACUGAACAUGAUUUUGGAUGAUGGUGGAGACUUGACAAACUUAGUACACAACAAAUAUCCACAGUUGUUGGAGAAUGUGAAGGGUAUUUCUGAAGAAACUACAACAGGGCUAUGGAAGGAUUUCAAGUUACAACAAUGGAAGAAGCUGCCGAAGUGGGCCAAAUUUUUG